GCCGCCGGGAAGAGAGCGCGCGUGAGAAAGAUUUUUGUGAAGACUACUUAAGAGAGUCAAAGCCGAAAGUCGAGCUAAUGGAUUCCUUCUCAUCAUCGUCGACGUCGUCGAACGGCUCGUCGGGGCAGUCCACGGAGGUUCUGAUGGACCAGCUCAAGGCUCAGCUCGCUCAGGCCUACGCCGAAGAGUUCUUGGAGACUGUGAGGAGCAAGUGCUUUGCAAAAUGCAUUACGAAGCCUGGAACAAGCUUAAGUGGGAGUGAGAGCAGUUGCAUCUCCCGUUGUGUGGAUCGAUACAUUGAGGCAACUGGCAUCAUCAGCCGAGCUCUUUUCAGUUCCCCUCGUUAACUUUAGAUAUUUCAAGAGAUGGUCACUCUAAACGACUUCAGGCAGUCUCUAGAGGAGGAGCUUGGCGGCUUAUCUGCUUUUUAUGACUGCACACAAAUCCUGGUUAUCAAAAUAUGCAAAUUUGAUUUUGUUAACUUCAUGGAUUCUCUUCUGGGCUAACUUGAGAAAGAGGGAGGGGCAACUCUUUUCUCACCAUUCUGGGCACCAAUAUAUAUAUAUUUUUUUUUGCUUAAGAAAA